AUCGAUACGCUUAACUUACGUACAAGGGACUCUUGCGUAUCGUGCCCCACUAGAUUGAGAGGUGCAAUUCCUUGGCUCCAUUUAGGGAGCAUGCAGGAACUACUGUGAAAUGGUUCUGAAUUUGAGAUAUAUAAGUGAAAACUGCUGGCACGAGGUGUGUAAAAAGGUGAAAGGCGCUGCUGUAUUUGUCGACAAAGCGUCCGCCGAAUGCCUGAGCUGGCACGGUGGAGUCGCACUACUCUGGAAGCAUGGAGCAUCAUGCAUCAGGGAAUUUUCGUCCUUCGAGAGUGGAGGUGACAUCGAAAAAGGUGUGUUCCUUGUUUCCAGCCCGGUCGUAGGGCCGGCAAGGAUCGUUUUGAGGGAUUUGAUAUCAAACAGCAAGUUUAAUCAUUGCAUACUCAUAACAUCGUGCAGCCCGGUCGUUCUCAAUGUGGCGACAACUGGCAACGUACCGGAAAACGCUCAUGAAAUGACAGCCGUACACAAAUUGGAACUUGACAUGCUACGCUGGAUGAAAGACAAGAACUACACUGCUGAAAUAUUUCACUUCCCGAUAUCGAUUGUACCUGUAACGGAUUAUUUCUUCACAACUCCUCCGUUCAGCGAUUUUAUGCCUUGUUUCAGCGAGGACCUUGAAGGAAAAACAAUAUACUCCUCACUGCCGAGAAAUUUAGAUCUUGAAGCACUUCCGUUAGAACUUCAAAUUGGAGUUUUACACCUAAUGACUACAAUAAAUAGUUUAUUGUCGCAGCUUUCAGUUAGGGAAAGCAUUUACUGCAUUGGUCUUUUGAGCUCACUUGUUGGCUCAUCGCUGCAAAAGCACACUCCGAGUGCUCUCAGGCUUAAAACGGCUUCGUCAAACAUGUCUCUUGUGUUGAUUGAUCGCACUUUGGACCUCUGUGACGCCAUGUAUCAAAACAACCAAGUCCUCCUCGAUAAGAUGAAAUCUAUUCUUGAACCUUUUCCAGGUCAUAGUAUCGACGUUGCAAUCGACAUGUCUCCUAUCUGUAAAACGAAAAUGAAAGCAAACACGGGUUGGGUGAAUGCUCCAGGGUGUCUCCACGACCCUAAAACAGACUUGUUCGAGUGGCUAAUUAUGAAAAAACAGGUCGAAACGAUAACAGAACUUUAUGAAAGACUGUAUGCUGAGUGUCAGUUGGAUUUUCCAAAACGACUCGACACAAAACAACUUUUGAAGACGAUAAGCGAAAAUUUUAAAGAUAACCUCAAAGACAAAAUCAUACCUAACAGCGGAUUGAUUCAGGUUUCUCUUGGUGUUAUCGAGACGUUAAAUUCAAAUGAAAUUAAUUCCCUGGAAGUCGUCGAGAGUCUCAAGAAGCUCCUUUAUCAGUCGAUAUCUGCUGAUAACAGCACGGACAACGCUCUUAUUCAGCUCAAGGAGAUAAUGGUGAUGAGGAAAAAGCGAGGUCUGACGGUUGAGAAGGUCUUGUCAUUGAUCGUCUUUUUCUACAGCCUUGUCGGACAACAGUUCACCAUACAGGCGAGCCUUGCCGAAGACCUGCAAGAAGUGGUUGCAAACGCAAUCGAAAAAGACAAAGAAAACAUUGGAAGUCUUUCAGCUCAUUUUGAAUCUUUUGAAAAAGCCAAAGUCAGGGAAUUCACUCGAAACUUUUUUACAAAGCUGAAUUCAAUACGCAAUGCAAGAAAACAUUUUACUAAAUACAAUGAAAUAGCUGCAAAUCAUGGUAGGUCUCAACCUUUAGAGUACAGGAGUUUAAUCAGUCAAUUAAUGUAUGAUAUAGUUGAUUCAAAUAAACCAGAAAUGCCAGAUUUAAAAUACAAAGCUAAUAUGAGCAUGAAAGACAAUUUCACCUCACGGUUCAGCAGUAUGAUUCUGAACGUGGCAAAGCCUCAUGUCAUGGACAAUGAUAUCAUCAUGAUCUAUGUGAUUGGAGGUGUCACAGCACAGGAAGUCAAGUAUAUAAAAGACUGUUUCAAAGGGUGCAACAAAGAAGUGAUCAUCGGAUCAACAACGCUGUCAUCGCCGUCACAAACACUCCAGAAUCUCUUUUUCAAAGACCCUUUGAAACCAUUUGAAAUCUAGAGAAAUUGUUUGGAAUAUAUAAAUAAAGGAAUAUUUUUUAUGUUUUUC